CCCCUGCUCCCGGGCAUGGACUACAUUUCCCGACGAGCCAAGCGGCAGCGCCCGGUGACGGCGGCGGAAGAAGCCGAGCGCAGCCGAACCCUCACCGGGCCGAGACGAACCGGGCCGAGCGAAGCCGAACUCAGCCGAGCCCCUAACGAGCUAACCCGAGUGACUCCGAAUCCAGCCGAGCCACCCCCGAGCCGAGAGCGGCCGAACUCAGCCGAGCGGAUCCGAGCGCACCCGAGUGGCCCCGAAUCCAGCCGAGGGGUUUUGGCCAUGACGGAGGUGACCAAGCGCAUCCUGGUGACAGGUGGCACCGGCCUGGUGGGCAGAGCCAUCGAGCAGGUGGUGGCCGACGGAGAGGGGCGGCCGGACGAGGAGUGGAUCUUCGUGUCCUCCCGAGACGCUGACUUGACGAGCAGCUCCGAGACCAAAGCCCUGUUUGAGAGGCACAAGCCCACCCACGUCAUCCACCUGGCCGCCAUGGUCGGAGGCCUCUUCAAAAACAUCCGCUCCAACCUGGAUUUUUGGAGGACAAACAUCCACAUCAACGACAACGUCCUGCACUCUGCCCACGAGUCAGGGGUGCAGAAGGUGGUCUCCUGCCUCUCCACCUGCAUCUUCCCAGACAAGACCACCUAUCCCAUCGACGAGACCAUGAUCCACAACGGGCCGCCUCACAGCUCCAACUUUGGCUACUCCUACGCCAAGAGGAUGAUUGAUGUCCAAAACAGGGGUUAUUCCGAGCAGCACGGCCGGCGCUUCACCGCCGUCAUUCCCACCAACGUCUUCGGGCCCCACGACAACUUCAACAUCGAGGACGGCCACGUCCUGCCAGGGCUCAUCCACAAGGUCUACCUGGCCAAACAGUCCGGCUCUGCUCUGACCGUCUGGGGAACGGGCAAGCCCAGGAGACAGUUCAUCUAUUCCCUGGACCUGGCCCGACUUUUCCUUUGGGUCCUGCGGGAAUACGAUGAGGUGGAACCAAUCAUUUUGUCAGUGGGAGAAGAAGAUGAAGUCUCCAUCCGGGAAGCGGCAGAGGCCAUCGUGGAGGCCAUGGAAUUCAGGGGAGAGCUCGUUUUUGACACCACCAAAUCCGACGGGCAGUUCAAGAAGACAGCCAGCAAUGCCAAGCUCCGGCGGUACCUGCCCGGAUUCCAGUUCACACCUUUCAGGAAAGCCGUGAAGGAAACCUGUGCCUGGUUCAACGCCAACUAUGCCAACGCCAGGAAGUGACGGCACCGGGACCACCUGGCACCGGGAUCAUCCUCUUCAACUCAGGGUUGUCCUUUGCUGGGGCAGAGGACGGGGCUGGGGGGGUGACAGUGACAUUUCCAAAGUAAAAAUGGGAGCAGCUCCCACAUUCCUGCCCCGCUGCUGGGAGCGGCGCAGGACGCCCAGGGCAGCGGGGAGGAAAGUUGGGGCAUCCCAAAAAGAUCCCAAAUCAAGUGGUAGGAGCCAACUGGAGCCUUCACCAUGGCUGUGUCCAAGAGGGUGGUGGCUCUGAGCUGUUAAUGAGCUACACUAAUUACCUGCAAUUAGGUGUGAUAAAGGGAAGGCAAUCGGCAAUCCAGGGCAUGGAAAUGGCAGCUGGGAAUUUGCUGCUCCUCUUGGCGCAUGGGGAUGAUCCCACAGCCCCCUAUCUCAGGAUAGGAACGGGAAAGACUCCAGCUGUAAACGUGGCAUUUAUUAAAAUAUAUGCAAAUAGCAUAAAA